UUCUAUUAGACAGGCAUCAGUACCUAAUGUAUUUUUAUGCAUUUUUACCUUCCUGCUCUGAAGACUGCAAUGUGUCUUGCAAGUACUCGUGGGAUGAGCUGCAGUCUCUUUGUAGGAGACAGAAAUUAGUGUGCAAGCAGCUGGCUGUGACUGAGGACAACUUCAAUGACUAUGUUGUGGACUAUCUGUGUAAUUAUAGAAAAAUACGUACUAUGUCCCUGUGUAGGGUCAGGAGUUUUUCCUGGAAUGGUUACUCGGAGUCAGAGAAUACAUGGGAACUGCACAAAAAUAUUAAAUGCCCCAGACUCCUCCAGCAGUUCUGGCAGGAUAUGCGUUUAGCACUGCUUCGUGCUAAUAUGCCUCUGGACUCAAGCUCACUGGAUGCCUCUGCAGUUUCCUUCAUCCACGAGAGGGCCAAGCAGCGGAUGAAGCUGCGGCGCUGGGAGGAAGAGCUGAACCGAACCUGUCAGCACAAGGGGAGCAUCUUUGUUAGGAAUGACGUGGACCUGGACAGCCCUCCCAAAGACUUCACCUACAUCAACAACAAUAAGAUUGCGGGAGGUGUAGAGUUCAAUGAAGCAGCAGUAGGGUGUGAAUGCACAGACUGUAUUAAAGCGCCUGUAAAUGGCUGCUGUCCUGGAGCAUCCGAUAACUGUACAGCGUAUAAUGAAAACAUGCAGGUGAAAAUCAGGCCAGGUAUGCCCAUCUAUGAGUGUAACUCACGGUGCCAGUGUGGGAUAGACUGCAGGAACAGAGUGGUGCAGAGGGGCAUGCAGUAUGACUUGUGCAUUUUUAAAACAGUUAAUGGAAGAGGAUGGGGUGUGUGCACACUCGAGAGAAUUCCCAAGAACUCUUUCGUCAUGGAGUACCUUGGAGAAGUCAUCACCUCAGAGGAGGCUGAGAGAAGAGGACAGAUGUAUGAUCAGCAGGGUGUCACCUACUUGUUUGAUCUGGAUUACGUGGCUGAUGUCUUUACUCUGGAUGCUGCCCACUAUGGAAAUAUUUCCCACUUUGUCAACCAUAGUUGCGACCCAAACUUGCAGGUGUAUAAUGUUUUCAUCGACAACUUAGACGAACGAUUUCCCAGGAUAGCUUUCUUUGCAAGACGAGCAAUAAGAGUGGGAGAAGAGCUCACUUUCGACUAUAAAAUGAGAAGUAAGCAUGUGACACUUUAGUAGCACUGCACUUGUUGGAUUUUUCAUAGUAAACAUAUCU